AUGCAGUCGAAAACGCUUUCGCGCGAAAUGCUGUUUGCCGCCGCGACACUCGUCACAGUCCUCUCGUCCGGCGGCCUCGUCCUCGGAUUUGGCCCCGUGUACACGCGGCUCGUGAGCGAGAAUCAGUGGCACGAGCUUUGCCCGUCCAACAAGCCGCGCGUCUGCCCGGAGCAAGAGGUCCAGCUCCAGAACGUCUACUCGACAGGGUUUCUCUGCGUCGUGCUCGGCCAAGCCGUCUUUGGCGCGACCCUCGACCUCAUUGGACCUCGCUACACGACAACGAUUGCCGCCCUCGUAUUUUACGAUCGCUGGCAACCUCUGCCUCGCGACCGGCACUCGCGCGACGGCCUUCUCCUCACCGGAUAUGCCCUUGUGGGCUUUGGCGGCAUGGGCGUUCUCUUCGCGUCCCUCCAGCUCUCGGAACUGUUUGCGACGCCGUCCAUCUACUGCGGCAUCCUCGUCGCCGCCUUUUACGCCUCGGGCUACAUGUACGUUCUGCUCGAGCUGCCAAUUGCGCGCGCCACGUUCUUCCAAGCCUAUGCCGGGCUCGUAGCACUCUGCGCGGUGAUUUGCUUUGCCCUGUAUCCCGUCGAGCACGUCUCGGCCGUCGCUGCUUCGGUGCCGAUCCCUGGCCUCGCCUUGGGCCGGCCCCAUGCGGAUUUGUCCAAGUUCCAAGGCCUGUAUCUCAGCUUCAAGCAGCAGGUUCGGCGUCGGGAUUUCUGGGCCUUUGUUUCCAUCGGAGCGAUCUUGACGCUCACCAAUGUCUUUGUCGGCGGUGCGAUCCCCAACAUGGUCAAGCGCUUAUCGCCCGACGACCUCGACGAGCAGAACACGUACACCAACUACGUGUACCCGCUUGUGUCCAACGCAUCCUUCCUCUUCGCGCCACUCAUGGGCUACCUCAUUGACCGCAUGGGCUUUCGCAAGGCCGCUAUCGUGACGAUUCUCGUGUUUGCGUUGCUCUGUGGCGCCAUGAUGCUGCCUUCGCUGCACGGCCAAGUGCUCGGGUAUCUCCUCUUGGCCCUCGGCGUCGGGUCGCUCACGUCGAUCCAGUACGCCUACAUCAUGGCGUGCUUUCCCAGCAAACUCUACGGCCUCCUCUCGGGCACGGCGACGCUGCUUGUCUUUGUAUUUUGUCUUGUCAGUUUUGCGCUCACGCCGCUCGCGCAGCAUACGUUUGACGGCAACAACAACUAUGUCCUCGUCCUUUUGCUGGCACCGACACUUGCCGCGUUGCUGCUCGUGCGCUUUGUUUGCGAGCCUGUCGAGUGCACUGAGCUUCACACGCAGCUGCUAUCCCCGACGAACGCAGAGCCCGACGGCAUGCGACUCGCCGAGGUGUAA